GCUCUAGAGCUUGUUUCCGGCCACCUCAGCGGGAAGCGGAGACGCGAGCAGCUGUGUCUCCGGCAACUAAGGUAGAGGUUUAACUGUUGUCCCGGCGGAGCAAGUCAAGACACAUCUACGGCUGUCUGGGCCAGUGUUGGGUCUCCGUAGCCUGUAAAGAUGGUGUUGCUCACGAUGAUCGCCCGAGUGGCGGACGGGCUCCCGUUGGCCGCCUCUAUGCAGGAGGACGAACAGUCUGGCCGGGACCUUCAACAGUACCAGAGUCAGGCUAAGCAGCUCUUUCGAAAGUUGAAUGAACAGUCCCCUACCAGAUGCACCUUGGAAGCUGGUGCCAUGACUUUUCAUUACAUUAUUGAACAAGGAGUAUGUUAUUUGGUUCUGUGUGAAGCUGCCUUCCCUAAGAAGCUGGCUUUUGCCUACCUAGAAGAUUUACACUCAGAAUUUGAUGAACAGCAUGGGAAGAAGGUGCCAACUGUGUCUAGACCCUACUCCUUUAUUGAGUUUGAUACCUACAUUCAGAAAACCAAGAAGCUUUACAUUGACAGUCGGGCUCGGAGAAACCUGGGCUCCAUCAACACUGAACUGCAAGAUGUGCAGAGAAUCAUGGUGGCGAAUAUUGAAGAAGUGUUACAGCGGGGAGAAGCGCUCUCAGCAUUGGAUUCGAAGGCUAACAAUUUGUCCAGUCUGUCCAAGAAAUACCGCCAGGAUGCGAAGUACUUGAACAUGCGUUCCACUUACGCCAAACUUGCAGCAGUAGCUGUAUUUUUCAUCAUGUUAAUAGUGUAUGUGCGCUUCUGGUGGCUGUGAAGUAGUGAAUCCAGUCACUGGCAAGGGAGAACCUAGAACCCGGCAGGUGUAUGUUUUCAGGAAGCUGAGUGCACAGACAUGUGUAUUAGAAUCCAAGUGGAACUUCUGCCUCUAAAGACCUUGCAAGAAAAGACAUGUCCUGAAAAUGAAAGAUUACACCUCAUUUAGUGAAGCUUAGCCCUAUGUAGAAAGUGUCUUUCCGGGGCAGAGGCUUUCUCUGGGUGCUAAGCCAUAUACAUUAGGGAACAGUAGAUUGUUUUAUUUGUUUUUUUCCCCUCCCAGUGUUUUACAUUUUUCAAACAGCACUGACUGGGGCAUUCUCAUUCUCUAAUGGAGCCGUCAGUGAGAUUUGGCUUAACCAACCUAUGCUAGCAAGUCUGAAAUCCUUCAGAGAAGGCAGCCCUUCAGGAAGUUUUUUGACUCUGUUUAAUCAACAUUCCUUUCGUUGGUGACAUUUGUGAUUUUCAGGAAUCUGAAUUGUUUGAUGGCCUUUUAAACAAGACUCCAGUAUGUGAAGGUUAAUUGCUGUGCUGCAAGAUACCCUGUCUGUUGGCCCCUGUAGGAAGUUAACCUUGUUUUUCAUUUAUGAUAAUUUGCUUAUUGCACAAUUGCUUUAGGGUUAAAUGAAUUAUAUUAAGAUGCCUUGAAAUUAUAUUAUAGCACUCCUUGAUUAAGAAGCAAAAAUGUUUUCUGUCAUUUACUCUUAAAAGACUUAAAAUUAGUUUGGGACAUUCUUGAUUUUAUUUUUCUGCAUCUGGUUUAUAUUAAUAUAAGAGUGAGUAUAGCAUCUAGCCAGAGGCCCCUGACUUAGUGGGAAGACAGGCCAGCUCAUCACUACAGCUUUGUCCUCUUUCCUCGCUUCUUCACUACGAUUUUCCCCACUCUUCCUCCUGCCACAGCUUGCUAAGGUUUUUUAAAUUGCUCUGAGCCCUAUAGUUUCAUCUCCCAUAAGUAUCCUCUCAGUAUAUUCUCAAAUUUCAAAAUGGAAGAUAAUCAGUUGCAUAGUUAAUUAAAUUGAAAAUUUUCAGAGCAACUGCUCAAACUACUAAACAUAUUUAUCAAAGAAAAUCUGAGAGCACCUCAUAUCUGCUUCAGUUAUGUAAUUCUCUAAGAAUGUUCUAGAGAUAGGCAACUCAUUUACAGUAGAUUCUGUUAACAAAUAAAAGUACCUGAAUUUUCCCUUUUUUGCUCAGGGAUAAUGAGAAUUUCCUUUUACCUUCUGAGGUAGAAUUUUUUAAAUGGGGAGAAUAGGCCUUUUAAAUAUUGUCACAAGAGUCUACAAUAUAACCUCUAAUUCCUACACAUACUGCAAAUAUUUCUUUAAAUUGUACAGGAAAAUGAACCAACUUCUUACUUCUUAAGAUCUUUGGAAAGAACUUUAACCAGUAAGCAAUUUUAUAACUCAGGAUCAUCAAACCUACUGUUCUGAUUCCUGAUAGAGAAAAAAAAAUUUUUUUUCUUUAAAACAAGGCAAGGAGAAAUGCUUAUUUUAUUCCUGAUAAUUUAUAGAACUAGAAUAAAAAUUUUUUCUUCCCACUUUGGACCUCUCUCUGCCAAUUGGAGUUUUGUGCAUGAAGUAAGAAGUUACUUUUUAUAGAGAAUAAGUGCUUGAAGUCCCUAAAAGUCUUGUCCCUAAGUAAUUAUGUUGGUAAUAAAAGCCUUUGAAAGGCUGAAAACCUAAAUAGUAGUACCAUAGCAUUUGGUACUUCUGUAGAAGUGGAGAGUGAGUGGCAGCUCGUUGUUGAGAGUUGCAUGCUGCAACCAAGUGGUCAGCAAUGAAAUAAAUACUUCUAGAAUGUU